UUACUAUCAAAAGAAGAAGUUCGACGGCUGAAAUCUGUUGGUGGCGUUUUCUCCAAUUGUUUUGGACUAUGUCUAACAGGUAGGUAACUGCGACGUGUUGAACAUUACACGUCUGCGUAUCGUUCAUAUUCUGCGUAAGGAACAUUUAUCCCUACAUCAUGAUUCCUCUAUCAACCGGUGGUUCUCUCGCUCCUUGCCCGCGCUCGCUAAGCCUCAUUAGUGAGCAAAUGGAGACCACCUGUUGCAACAUUUAUCAACUUUCCAUUCUCCGCUGAAAAGAACAUUGAACUAACGACGAUUGGCGGAUGUUGCAGUGUUGACCAGCGGAGGUAGAAAUGGCUAACAACCUUGCGGUCGGCACCGGUUUACCUUCACCGCCCGCCCUGGAUGUGAACUUCUCGGGCCAGGAAGAAACCAGCGCCACUGUCACCGCUGCUCCCACCGCGGGGAGCGCCGAAGACUACCUUUUUGUUGAGUCCAAACACCCGAACACCGUCCUGCAGGGUCUCAACAGCCUUCGACUCAACAAAGCCUUCUGUGAUGUAACACUGUGUUGUGGUGGGCAGGAGUUCCCCUGUCAUCGAAUAGUGUUGGCCUCCUUCAGUUCCUACUUCCAGGCAAUGUUUUCCAGCAACCUGAUUGAAUCAAGUCAGGAGCGUGUUGCCAUAAAUGGAGUGGAACCUCAGAUGGUCGGCAAGCUUGUGAGCUACGCAUACACGUCAGAGGUCUACAUAUCCAAGGCAAAUGUGCAGGCUCUGCUGGCUGCUGCUAAUCUGCUCGAUGUCAUGGCUGUGCGAGAAGCUUGUUGCCGUUUUAUGGAGCGUCAGAUGGAUGAAACAAACUGUGUGGGGAUUCACUGCUUCGCUGAAGCUCACUCUUGCAAGGUCCUGGAGAAGCGAAGCAUGGACUACAUCCUGGAAAACUUCAGCACUGUGUGUCAGCAGGAGGAGUUUCUCUCUCUGUGUGUGGACAAACUGACCGAAAUCCUGGCCAGCGACCAUCUCAAUGUGACUAAAGAGGAGUUGGUGUUUGAGGCCGCCUUGUUGUGGCUGAAUAAAUGCCCAACACGCAAGCAGUGCUUCGAAAAGGUCCUUGAGCACAUACGUCUACCUCUGAUAAGCCCCUACUACCUCCACGAUGUGAUCGAGUCUCAGGAUGUGGUGAAAGAAAGCCAGAGCUGCCAAUUGCUCAUUACAGAAGCCAAGGACUACUUGCUGCUAAAGGACCGUCGUGGAGAACUCUACUCCGCCAGGGCACGGCCGCGGAGGUCUACCGGAACCGCAGAAGUGAUCGUGACGGUCGGCGGGGAAGAUGACAAGGUGGUACUUCGCAGCGUAGAAAGCUUUGAUCCGGUGACAAACAAGUGGAAGAAUCUGUCCUGUCUGCCGUUUGCUGUCAGCAAGCAUGGGAUGGUUGUGUCCGAUUCAACUAUUUAUCUGGCAGGCGGAGAGUUUCCUGACGGCUCAGCCAGCAGGGAGAUGUGGCGCUAUUAUCCCUGUUUCGACUCAUGGUUGGAAAUGGCACCUAUGAAUGUUGCACGCUCUGAGCUGGGUCUCGUCAUGCUGGAUGGUUUCGUGUAUGCAGUAGGCGGGUGGGAGGGUCGCUCUCGGCUGGACUCUGUAGAGUGCUACAACCCUCACACCAACACUUGGCAGUUCACAGAGUGUUACAAGAUGGCCGUCACAAGCCCUGCCGUCGUAGCGCUGGACGGACUGCUUUAUGUUACGGGCGGUGCUGUUCUGGAGGAUGGUGACGGCACAGACCUAGCUCAGGUCUACAAUCCUAAAACCUCAGUAUGGACUGAAGUGUCUCCAAUGCAGAUCGCUCGCUCUGGCUCCGCCGCAUGCACGUUGAAAGGGAAGAUCUAUGUAAUAGGUGGAUGGCACGCCUCAACAGAAAACACAGAUAAGGUGGAAUGUUAUGAUCCCAAGACAAACCAGUGGACUAUGUGCGCACCCAUGAAAGAGAGACGGUACCGGCCUGGUGUUACAGUGGUGGAUGGAAAGAUAUAUGUCCUGGGAGGAGAAGAAGGGUGGGACAGGUAUCAUGAUACUAUUGAACGGUAUUGUGAUGAAACUGACACGUGGGAGAUCGUGGGCGAGAUGCCCACCAGUCGGAGCUGGUUGAGCUGCGUCUCUCUGCCGCUGAGAAAAGACAUUUACCUAGAAACACCGUACGAAACAUAAUCAUCUCCAGUGUGUGGUCUUUCGUGGUUAUUUGCACAUCCUUGGAGACCUGUCAGGAUGUCCCACUGACUACUCUGUGAAGCCUGCAUUAGACUCAGUGCUGUGUAGUGCUGUCAACACUGUUACACUAUAAGUGUUGCGUUUCCUGUUGUUUUUGGCAUCACUUUGCUUUUUUUUAGCCUGGUUUAUAAUGUUGCUUACCCAUAAGUUGGCGACAUCUUCAACACUUCCUGGAGUGUAUUUUUGUAUUGUUAUAAGACACAUUUUGGGUGUAGUUGGUAACGCUGACAAUAUUUUUGAAAUCUCUGUGGGAGGAAAACAAAAUGAAUUUGGAUUUAACUGUGAAAUGAUGGCUAUUUUAACUGUUUUGUCAAAAGAUGUUUUUAAGUGCAUUUGUUAUGUGUUUAUAUUUUUGUAUGUGUUUAAUGAAAUGUAAGUUUAACUGGAGCUGGUUUCUAAUAAAGAAUGAGUCCUGUCUUAUGUCGAGCUGGU